AUGGCUCCAGGGAACCUCACUCAAGUGACUGAAUUCAUUCUAACGGGAGUCUCAGACCAUCCAGAGCUCCAGGUGCCUCUUUUUUGUGUGUUCCUGGUCAUCUACGGGCUGACUAUGGCAGAGAACCGGGGCAUCAUCACCCUCACCAGUGUGGACUCUCAGCUUCAGACCCCCAUGUACUUUUUCCUCCGGCACCUGGCUGUCAUCAACCUUGGCAAUUCUACAGUCAUUACCCCCAAAAUGCUGGUUAACUUCUUGGUUACAAAGAAAACCAUACCUUACUAUGGAUGUGCUGCCCAACUGGGUGGAUUCAUAGUUUUUAUUGUGGCUGAGAUUUUUGUGCUGGCAGCCAUGGCCUAGGACCAUUAUAUGGUUAUUUAUAACACCCUGCUCUACCAGGUGGUGGUUUCUCCACGGAUCUGCCUUCUGCUGGGCUCCCUUAUAUACCUCUAUAGUCUGACCACAGCACUGACUGUCUCUUCCUGUGUGUUCUCCAUGUCCUACUGUGCUUCCAAUGUGAUCAACCAUUUUUACUGUGACAACAUCCCCUUGCUAGCAUUGUCCUGUUCUGAUACCUACAUUCCAGAAACAGCAGUGUUUACCUUUUCAGGGACCAAUUUGUUUUUCUCUAUGAUUAUUGUUCUAACAUCCUACUUCAAUAUAGUCCUUGCCAUUUUGAGGGUACGUUCUUCAGAGGGGUGACAAAAAGCCUUUUCCACCUGUGCUUCGCACAUGAUAGCUGUCACUGUGUUCUAUGGGACUCUUCUCUUCAUGUAUUUGCAACCAAGGACCAACCACUCAUUAGAUACUGAUAAAAUGGCCUCUGUCUUCUACAUCCUAGUGAUUCCAAUGCUGAACCCCCUCAUUUACAGCCUAAGGAACAAGGAUGUAAAGGAUGCAUUGAAGAGAUUCCUGGAUAACCCCAAUAAUUCAAAUUAA